UCGGCGCCCUUCCACUAAAUCGACACUUUUUUCGUAUAUAAACCCCGGUCGGUGCUCAGUUCGGUACGUUGGACGGUGCCAAGCAUCCCACAACGCCAAGAUGAUGUGGAAGUCCCUCAUCCUGUGCUGCCUUGUGGCCGCCGCCGCCUCUUCCGAGCAUGGCUGGAAGACCGGCUCCGAGUACAAGUACCAGGUGCGCGGUCGCACUCUGACCGCCCUCCACCAGGUCUCCAACCAGUACGCUGGUGUCCUCAUGAAGGCCCAGCUGUCUGUGCAGCCCAAGUCUGAGAACGUCCUCAUCGCCAAGGUCUCCAACGCCGAAUACGCCAAGAUCAACGAGCAGCUGCCCGCCGGCUGGGGUACUCCCAUCCCCACCAGCAAGCUGAGCUACCACCAGCUCCCCGUCAGCAGCAAGCCCUUCGAGAUCAAGCUCAAGAACGGUAUCGUUGAUGAGCUGAUCGUCAGCAAGAACAUCCCUACCUGGGAGGUGAACAUGCUCAAGGGUAUUGCCAGCCAGCUCCAGAUCGACACUCAGGCUGAGAACCUCAUCAGCUCUCGCAUCAACAACAAGCCCAGCCACGGCUCCCUCAAUGGCGUCUACAAGACCAUGGAGGACUCCGUCACCGGUGAGUGCGAGGUCAUGUACGACAUCAGCCCCCUGCCCCAGUACCAGCUCCAGAGCCGCCCCGAGCUCGCCCCCAUGCCCCAGCUCCGCGGUGACGGUCAGCUGAUCGACAUCGUCAAGACCAAGAACUUCAGCCACUGCGAGCAGCGUCCCGGCUACCACUUUGGCCUCAACGCUUACACCGACGUCGAGCCCGCCUCCGCCAAGAUGGGCGAGUUCAUGGCCCGCUCCUCCGUCAGCCGCGUCGUCCUGUCCGGCAGCCUGAGCCGCUACACCAUCCAGUCCUCCGUGACCACCAACAAGGUCAUCCUCAGCCCCGUGCUGUACAACAACCAGAAGGGUAUGGUCGUCUCCCGCAUGAACCUCACCCUGGACUCCGUGCACUCCGCUUCCGGCUCCCCUCAGGGCCCCGCUAACCCCCGCAAGAUCAAGGACCUCGUCUACGACUACAACAACCCCUUCUCCACCUCCAACAACGCUGACCUGAGCGACGAGUCCAGCAGCUCCUCCAGCAGCUCUUCCUCCUCCUCCUCCUCUUCCUCUUCCUCCAGCUCUUCCUCCAGCAGCGAGAGCCAGGAGCACCAGAAGAAGCAGCGCCGCAACGCUACCGACUCCAGCUCUUCCUCCAGCAGCUCUAGCUCCAGCUCCGACUCCAGCUCUGACUCCAGCUCUGACUCCAGCUCUUCCAGCUCUUCCAGCGAGAGCCAGGAGAACCAGCGCAUGCAGUCCCAGGCUGCCAAGCGUUUCCGUCGCUCCCUGAAGAACCAGUCUGCCAGCUCCGCCCCUUCCAGCUCCAUCUCUGACUCCAGCUCUUCCAGCUCUUCCAGCUCCUCCAGCUCUGACUCCAGCUCUUCCAGCUCUUCCAGCUCUUCCAGCUCCUCUGAGGAGUGCGGUAACAACACCAUGAGCGGUUCCUCUGACUCCAGCUCUUCCAGCUCUUGCUCCGACUCCAGCUCCAGCGAGAGCAACGAGAGCGGCAAGCACCGCAAUGCCCGCAGCAACCGCAACAACACCAGCGACAGCUCUUCCAGCUCCAGCUCUUCCAGCUCCUCCAGCUCUUCCAGCAGCUCUUCCUCCAGCUCCGACUCCGACAGCUCCGACUCCAGCUCUAGCAGCUCCACCAGCUCUAGCGAGGAGUGGUUCCAGUCCAAGCCCAAGAUGAGCCAGCCCCCCAAGCACCCCAUGCUCCCCUACUUCAUCGGUUACCAGGGCAGCAACAUCGCCGCCUCCAGCCAGGUUAACCCCGUCCACGCUGUCCAGAAGAUCGCCCAGCAGAUCGGUCAGGAGCUCCAGCACCCCAGCCAGAUCCCCGAGAAGGCUACCCUCGCUAAGUUCGCCAUCGUCGCCCGUCUGGUCCGCAUCAUGAACGAGAAGCAGAUCGAGCAGGCCGCCCACGAGCUGUACGCCGCCCCCUCCAAGAGCGCCAGCCAGAGCGAGAGCGCCUCUGCCAAGUACUCCGCCUGGAUCGCCUUCCGUGACGCCGUCGCCCAGGCCGGUACCGGCCCCGCCCUCAACAACAUGAAGCAGUGGAUCGAGAACCACAAGGUCCAGGGUGAGGAGGCCGCUGAGCUCCUCGCUGUCCUGCCCGAGACCGCCCGCACCCCCACCCGCGAGUACAUGGACACCUUCUUCGCUCUGAUCAAGAAGUCCGAGGUCCAGAAGCAGCAGUUCCUGAACACCUCUGCCAUCCUCUCCUUCUCCAACCUGGUCCGCCGCGCCCAGGUCGACAACGCUACCGCCCACAACCGUUACCCCACCCACGUCUUCGGCCGCCUGAACCCCAAGAAGGCUUCCGCCGCUACCCGUGACUACAUCCCCUACUUCGCCCAGCAGCUGAAGAGCGCCGUCCAGAACGGUGACAGCCACAAGGUCCAGGUCUACACCCGUGCCCUCGGCAACAUCGCCCACCCUAAGAUCCUCGCCGUCUUCGAGCCUUACCUCGAGGGCCAGAAGCCCGUCUCUACCUUCCAGCGCCUCCACAUGGUUGUUGCCCUGAACAAGCUGGCCAAGAUCUCCCCCAAGGUCGCCCGCCCCGUCCUGUUCCGCAUCUACCAGAACACUGGUGACGCCGCCGAGAUCCGCUCUGCCGCCGUCUUCCUGCUCAUGAAGACCAACCCUCCCGCCAGCAUGCUCCAGCGUAUGGCUGAGUUCACCAACCAGGACAACAACAAGCAGGUUAUCUCUGUCGUCAAGUCUGCCAUCGAGUCUGCCGCCAACAAGCUGCAGUCCCAGGACAACCAGGAGCUGGCCGAGAACGCCCGCGCCGCCGUCGACAUGCUGAACGCUACCCUCAACGGUGCCCAGUACUCCAAGGUCCAGCUCGCCAGCAACGACGUUGAGCAGAUGAACCUUGCCUACCAGACCGCCUUCGCCACCAUCGGUAGCGACGACAGCUUCAUCCCCUCCGCCGCUUUCGUCAGCGCUCGCGCUAACCUCGGUGGCUUCCAGGCUAACUACCUCCGCGCCGGUGCCAUGACCUCCAGCGUCAGCGACCUCCUGAACCUCCUCACCGAGCAGUUCCAGUGGAGCGCUUCCUCCAACAACCACAAGAGCCACAAGCAGUCCUCCUCCGCCAACUCCAACUCCAACUCUUGGAACGUCGAGCAGAUCGCCAACAUGCUCAACAUCCAGGCCAACCAGUCCGAGCAGGUCGAGGCUAACUUCCUGAUCAACGCUCUGUCCCAGCAGCGUUUCUUCACCCUGGACAACCACACCAUCGAGCAGAUCCCCGAGUUCGUCAAGCGCGCCGCCAACUCCCUCCGUUCCGGCGAGAACUUCAACUACACCAAGCUGUACAACCGUUACUCCCUGACCAUGGGCUUCCCCACUGAGAUGGGUCUGCCCCUCGUCUACACCCUGAAGGCCCCCACCGUCGUCUCUGUUGGUGGCGAGGCUCGCGUCCGCACCCAGCCCGACAUGGCCAACGGCCCCAAGGACGCCGUUAUGAUCCCCAAGGCCGUCAACGCUUCCGCUGACGUCCACUUCAUCUUCUCUACCCGCACCCAGGCCAAGAUCGGUUUCGUCACCCCCUUCGACCACCAGCGCUACAUCGCCGGUCUGGACAAGGAUGUGCUCGUCAACCUGCCCAUCCGCGCCAACAUCGACCUCGACCUCGAGAACGCUGAGGUGCGCGUCAAGCUGCAGCCCAUCAACGCCAACAAGGACGCCAAGAUCGCCAUGGUCCGCAGCCGCCCUUACACCGCCCAGCACAACAUCCUGGACCUGACCCCCACCGAGCAGAAGCCCAUCCACGUCCGCCCGGCCCAGCAGGCUAACUUCACUGUCGGCCAGGACAUGACUGGUAUGGCUUUCCGCGUCGACGCCGCCUGCGAGAACGACUUCGCCGACUUUGCCGCCAUCUACAACCAGGCCAAGAACUACGACGGUAUCUCCGCUCUUCUGUUCGCCAACGCCGAGCAGAACAUCAAGGCCUACGAGUUCGCUCUGACCUACGACCACCAGAAGACCUCCGCCAAGUCCGUCACCCUGACCGCCUCCUACGACAACGACUCUGAGGACGAGUACUACGGUAACGACGCCCAGAGCAAGAAGGCCAAGCGCUCCAACAAGGACAACGACUCCAACGAGGACUCCAGCGCUGAGGGUAGCUCCAACCCCAGCAAGAACGCCGCCAACCCCACCAACACCAGCCCCAACAGCCAGAGCCGCCAGCAGCAGCUCCUGCGCCGCGCCGCCGCCGGCAUCAAGGCCAGCAACGCCUCCGUCAUCGACCUGUCCGCCCAGUUCAACGGCGAGCACAAGGCCUACUUCAUCGCCACCGCCGCCUACGCCAACAGCCAGGUUGACGAGAAGGCCCGCGUCCUGGUCUACCUGCGCAAGGUCCCCGCCCGUUCCUCCGAGAACAACAAGGAGCAGCAGCUCGCCAUGACCGCCUCCGCCAAGAUGCCCAACGUGCCCGCCCUCAACUUCAAGAAGGCCCUGAACGCUGACCCCCAGAGCAAGAUCCAGGCCCAGAUCGCCUUCGGUGAGAAGCUCGACUCCUCUGCCUCCCAGAUCAACGUCCAGGCCCAGAUGAAGCAGAGCUCCGCCCGCCGCGAGUACGUCCGCCGCCAGCCCAUCUCUCAGCUCUGCGAGCAGCAGAUGGAGCACGGUAACAACUACCUGCCCGCCUGCCAGAACGCCACCCUCCAGGCCAACCUCAUGGACCAGUACAACGUCAACGUCCAGUUCGAGAAGAUCUCUCAGCGCGUCAAGAACGCCACCUACAAGGCCUACGCCGCCGCCCGUUACUUCGGCUGGCAGUACAACUCCGAGAACUUCGUCAACCCCAAGAACUCCCACAACAACAAGGUUGAGCUCCAGCUCCGCUUCGCCCCCAACCUGAAGUCCGCCAACCUGUCCAUCGACGCUCCUUCCAUGAGCGCUGAGUUCAACAACGUCCGCCUCAACCCCUGGAUUUCCCGCGCUGCUGCCAUCCACCCCAUGUACCCCCAGUCCGGCAUCGUUGCCUACAACGCUCUUCUUGGUGGUUUCCCCAUGUGCGUGGUUGACCGCUCCGCCGCCGCCACCUUCGACAACAAGACCUACCCCCUGAACCUCGGCAACAACUGGCACGUCAUGAUGCAGUCCGUCCCCAAGGAGGAUGCUGACUCCAGCUCUUCCUCUUCCAGCCAGGAGGACGCCACCAACAACGUCGCCGUCCUUGUCCGUGACGCCAGCGGCUCCCACGACAAGAAGGAGCUCAAGAUCGUCCUCGGCGACGAUGUCAUCGAGAUGACCCCCAGCUCCAACGGCUACGCCAACAUCAAGCAGAACGGCCACUCCGUCUCCUUCUCCAGCAACCAGGGUGCUCAGCUCCGCAACCAGCAGGGUGAGAUCCUCGCCCAGCUGUACCCUCUUCCCUCCGGUGUCGUCCGCGUCUGGGCUCCCCAGCAGGAGCUCUCCAUCAUGUACGACGGUGAGCGCGUUGUCCUCUUCGUCAGCCAGUCCUACCGUGGUGAGGUCCGUGGUCUCUGCGGUACCUUCGACGGCGAGACCGCCACCGACUUCACCCUGCCCCGCAACUGCGUCCUGAAGAACGCUCAGCAGUUCGCCGCCUCCUGGGCCCUCUCCCCCUCCGGUGCCGUCAAGGAGCAGCAGCAGAAGGCCAACCAGGCCAAGUGCUUCUCCAAGACCAUCCUGUACGGUGACGUCAUCAGCGACAACGAGGCCGGCCGCUACCAGCCCCGUCACAGCCGCAGCUCCAGCAAGUCUCACAAGUCCAGCAGCUCCUCCCGCAAGUCCUCCCCCAAGACCGCCGCCGGUUGCACCAGCCACCGCGUCAAGGUCAUCGAGCAGGACGGUCAGAUCUGCUUCUCUCUGCGCCCCCAGCCCGCCUGCAACGCCCACUGCCAGCCCACCCAGAAGGUCGAGAAGAAGAUCGACUUCCACUGCGUGUCUGACAGCUCCGCUUCCCGCCACUGGGCCCAGAUGAUCAAGAAGGGUGCCAACCCCGACUUCAGCCAGAAGGGCGCCAACAAGUCCCUGAAGGUCAACAUCCCCGAGAGCUGCCGUGCCUAAGCUGUGCGCUUUCUGUCAAUGUAGUCUGAGAUGAAUAAAUGUCAGUGAUGAUUGCAAGCAUA